AAUUACUUACAAAUUUUCCUAGCAUUUACCAUUAUUAUUAUAUUUGUUCAUAAUAAAGUUACAACUAAUUCUCUCUUGUGAAUUUUUGGUGAAGAAAUGGAUGAAAUUUUCGAUUACAUGGAUGGAAAUUUUGAUGUAUCAUUAACAGAUUCAACAAUGAUGUCUAUAGUUCAUCGCGCCAUGAACAAAGCUCAAGAGAAAAUGAAAACAAAAACCGGAGUACUUGAAAGAUUGAAUGAGAUAUCAAAAUUUUAUGAAUUGGCAGUGAUGCAACUUGAAGGGUGUCUAACCAUUGUCCUCGCGGAGACCGAUAGUAGUUGUCUCGAAAGUAAUCACGAAAAACUACUCGACGACUUGAAAGAAAUAAAGGAUCGUCUUCAAGGACGUCUAGAUGAAUCCGAAUUGAUUAUUUCGGAGAAGGAUAGAGAGUUGUCACAAAGAUUGAAGAAAAAUCAAACAACUAGUGAGACCAAAGUUAAGAAUGAUGGUGAAUUAGGUGAGUUGAGGAGUAGUAUGGAUCAACAAAUGUUGAAAUUUAAACAAAGGCUUGAACCACAACUUGACAUGGUUGAAAAUGUGGUAACACAAACACAUAAUGUUGUUGUGAAUGACACAAAAAAGAUUGAAGAGAUGGGUUCGGAUAUUGAUGUAUUGAAGCAAACUAUGGAUCUUGCUUUUUAUAAGAUGCAAAGUGCUCUUUUUUCAUGUGAGAUGAGGCCAAAAGAAAUGCAAUGGAAGUUGAAAAUUGAAAAAGAUAUGAUUUCUAUAUUGAUUAAUAGUUUCUUGAAGGAGUUCCAAGAGAAUAUUGAGAAACUAAUCAUGGUACUAGACAAAAAAUUUGGCAAGGUAGAAGCUAGAAGGAAUGAGAAUCAUGUUCACAAAUGUUGGCAAGAGCAUUGGUCCAAAUUGAUAAAUGAGGUUACAAGUUUAAAGAAUGAACUUGUCGCUAUGCAUGACUCAUUUCCCGAUGAAUAUGAUUCUUCGGCCCUUUCUUCCCCGACAAAGUCUUCGUCGGAAGAAGGAACUCAUGAAACAUUCCAUAAAUUUCCGCCCAAAGCGGAAGAAAGAGAUCAUAAGGAGGGAGAGUUACAAGAAGAGGAAGAGAAUGAAAAGAAAAGUUUGGUCGCUAAGAUCAUCAAGAAUCACGAAUUUAUUAUUCGACAAAAGAACGAAGAACUAAUUCGGAUAAAACAUCAGAAAAAAGCGUCGUCGUCAAGGAAAAGAAGGGAGCUAAGCAUUAUGAAAGAACAAAUCCAUAUUAUAAGUGAAAGAUUUGAUAAUCUUAUAAAAAGGAAUGAGAAACAAGGUGAAUCUCUUUUCAACCAAAAAGCUAUUCAUCACAAGGAAACACUUCCAAGGAAAAAGCUGUCAUCACAAGAUGAGAUUGAAUUUGAGAAGCUAAUACAAGAGAAUGUACAUAAAUGCUACUUAAAAGAAAUGAUGAAUGAGAAACAAGGUGAAUCUCUUUUCAACAAAAAAGCAAUUCAUCACAAAGAAUCACUCCGAAGGAAAAAGCUAUUAUCACAAAAAGAUGAGAUUGAGUUUGAGAAGCUAAUACAAGAGAAUGUACAUAAAUGCUACUUAAAAGAAAUGAUGAAUGAGUUGAAUGAAAAAUUUGAGACAAAGAAAAUCAAAAGGAGAAUUAGAGAAGACACAAAUUUUCUUGUCUUUUUUGAGGCAAUUAAGGAUGUCAAAUUCAAUCAUGAAUUUGUCUUAGCUAAGGAAAAUUUGGAAGAAGAAAUAGAAGGAACCAUAAAGGAAGAUAUAUGCAUGCUUGUGGUUAAGAAAACUAUUGAAGAACUCAACAACAUGGUGACAAAUUGCAAAGUUGAAAAUAUAAUAAGAGAACAAAUAGAUCAAAUUGUGUUUGAAGAAACAUUGGAAGUUUUUGUCAAUGUUUCAAAUUCUCAUCAUAGAAAAAACAUCAAGAUACAAGAGAAUUUCUCUGCUAUGGUAUUAAAUCAAGUGCAAAAAUUCCAAGGACACGAGAAUUUGACAAUUAUAUUGUUAGAGUCUCUACUAGGUUGUUUUGAAGCCGAGGAGAAUCUAAUGUUAAGUGCGCAUUCUGAGAUCAAAGAACAUAGCAAACAACUCGACUUAGGUUCAGAACGUGGUGACCUACACGAGUAUGAACUAUUUGAAGAUUUGAUAACUGGGGAAGAACAAACCUUUUCCUCACUAACAAGUAAGGUGGAAAAUGUUUUGCAACAAUUAGGUAUAGGUAAAGCACUUCUAAAGGAGUUAGGGACAAGUUUAGGACAUCGUCUUCGUGACUCGAAAAGUUUUCAUUGUCAAAUAUUUGAUAAUGAACAAGAACAACUAAAGGUGUCUUCUUUUGAAUCUACAACAUUUGUAGAAUUUGAGGCAACAGUAUACCAGAAAUUGGAGGUGUUAACUAUGAGGUUGGAAAAAAUGAAAUGUUGUGUGGAUUCAGUUAUUAAGAUGGUUGCUUGUUUGAAAAGAAAUGAGUUACUUUACCAAAAGGCCUUCAUUAGUAGAUGUCAGAAUCUCCAAAAUGCUGAAGCUGAGGUUGAUCUUCUUGGAGAUCAAGUGGAAGCACUUGUGACAUUACUUGAGAAGAUAUAUGCAACUCUUCAUCAACAUGCACCAGCCUUGAAGCAGCACUUUGAGGUUUUGAACAUAUUGGAGUUGAUAAAAACAGCGCUGACUAAUGGAGCUUUUCAAGUUGCAAGUGUGGCGACUUAA